GCAAACUUCCAGUUCCAAGUCCAUGUCCAGCUUGCUGCAGGUAAAGUUUUAUUAGUCAUAGAUCUCUGCGUGGGCAGUCCAACAUCUCUAGCUCAGCAUGCCCACGCUCAUUUUCACCCUUCUACCUUCACGUGACUUCCCGAUACAGGCUCUCCUUUUUCCUAACUCUACGUCUAUUUCUUUCUUUAUUCCUCCAAUUAAUACCGUAUUUUAAUCGCCAGGUAGCACUACAGAACAUCAGACGCCUUUGCCCACCUAUUGCCACCCUCAUUAACUCUUAUAGAAACUCCACUGAGCUCUUUGUUGAUGGAGAAGUUAUCCUAUCCCAAGAAGGUACUACACAAGGAUACCCCCUGGCCAUGCCUAUAUGUACGGACUAGCAACUAUCCCUAUCAUUAGGAAACUGGAUGGACUCUGCAAACAGGUCUGGUAUGCGGACGACUCUGCGGCAAUAGGGAAAAUUGGGCAGUUACAUGAUUGGUGGAACAAAUUAGCAGCAAUAGGUCCUGCCUUUGGUUACUUCCCUAAUCCGUCUAAAACCUGGCUUGUCACAAAGCAAAACCACCAUGACCGAGCCACCAACAUCUUCGCUGGGUCUGGAGUCAACGUCACGCCAGAAGGCAGACCAUACCUAGGUGCAGCGAUUGGCUCCCGUGAAUACAUUGCUGAAUACGUGAACACUAAGGUACAACUGUGGUCAUCUAGUAUCAACACCCUCAGUAACAUAGCAAAGUCGCAACCACAUGCCGCCUACUCAGCCAUUACCCAUGGCCUCCUAAGUAAAUGGACAUACCUCAGCCGGGUCGUACCCAACUUGAGCCACCUAUUAGUCCCACUGGAUAACACACUUCGAACUAAACUGAUACCAGCCAUUACGGGAAGACCACCUCCAAACAGUGUUGAAUGCGACCUAUACGCUCUACUGGCUCGGCUCAGCGGACUAGCAAUAACUAUCCCCUCCAAGCUAGCGGACAAGGAACUGCACCACUCUCUCACAGUCACCUCAUCCCUCACCGACCACAUCCUAGCUCAAGACAAUGAAUAUGGAUAUAACAUAGUCCGUGACCAGCAACUGAAGAAAAGAGAGGUCAGUAAGGACAACAGGAACAGACAAGAAGACACAGCCUCUAUACAUCAACAGCUACCGGACGGGCUCCAGAAGGCAGUGGAGCUAUCCAAGACAAAAGGAGCCUCCACUUGGCUCACGGUUCUCCCACUAUCGGAACAUGGAUUCACACUACACAAGUCGGCCUUCCAAGAUGCCCUGGCACUACGCUAUGGCUGGACCCCAACUCGCUUGCCCUCCAAAUGCAACUGUGGCAAAAACUUCAAUGUGGAGCAUGCCCUCUCCUGUGCCAAAGGAGGGUUUCCUAGGAACGUUAAGGCACAACGAAAUAAGAGAUACCACAGCAUCCCUUCUCACGGAAGUAUGCAGUGAAGUGUGUGUGGAGCCCAACCUACAACCUGUGAGCGCGGACCAACUCAACGGGGCCUCAGCGAACAGCCAAGAAAACGCACGUUUGGAUAUAUCGGCCAAUGGUGUCUGGGGGGGGAAGAUUCUAAAAACAUACCUUGAUGUGAGAGUGUUCAACCCCCUCGCCCCCUCCAACAGAAACCAGUCACAUGCAGCAACAUACAGAAACACGAACGAAGUUGAACACUCCUCUUUCACACCAUUAGUUUUAUCCGUUACAGGAGGCAUGGGCGUAGAAGCAUCACUCUUCUACAAACGCCUGAGCUCACUACUGGCCCAGAAAUGGGACAUCACCUACAAUAAAACUCUAUGCUGGCUAAGAUGUCGCCUAACCUUCUCCCUCCUACGCUCAGCCAUCCAAGCAAUUAGAGGUGCAAGAUCGUCGGUGGGACAUACAGUCAGGACACCCAUUGAGAUCGACCUGAUCUCAGCAGAAUCCCAUCUCACAGGACAGUAAUUAAUAUUA